UUUUAGGGACUAUAAUUUCCAAACCCCAAAUCAGACUAUGGGUCUACUGAGGAUUAAUUUUCUCUGCUUUGUGAACCUGUGUAUGUAAAGAGUCUUCCAAAUGUACACACCAAAUCCUGUUUGCUUCAUGCACGGAAGGGACCGCCAGGAUUACAAGAAAGCAGGGUUGUCCCGGUGAGUGUGGGCCGAAGGCUUGCGUUUCUCUCCACGCACUUCUGAUGGUUCUGCCUGGUAGCUGCAGCAGCCCAGGGCGGUGGGGUGGAGGAGUUUUGGCUGAGAUCUUGUGGGUCAUCAGGGGCCUGGCUUCUCUGUCCUCGGUUUCCUGGACAUCCAGGUGGGGAUUUGGCUGCAGCUGGCUGACCUCUGUGUCACGUAACCAGACGCUUGACUUCGGAGUUGCUGUUGCUCUAGGCAGAUGUUCGGGAGUUUUAGUGCCCUUUCUGUGUCUGGUGGAGGGAGCAGGAAGUUCUCAUGUCCAAUUCAGAGGGGAACUGUGAGGGCCUCUGUGUGGUAUCUUCCUCCACUGGAUUCCUGGGGGCUGUUUAGAUUUAAUUUUUCUGUGAAGGACAACCCAGAUGAUUUUGUUAAUCCCUUACUGUGGGUGGGAUGUCAUCUCUGGUCUGGCCUUGGCCUGUUCUUGGUAGUGGGGGGCUUGGUGGGGCAGCAGGAGCUGGGCAGGCCAUUUGUCCCUGGUAUAGGGGAGCUUAUUUCUAAGGCUCUCUGGGCCACCUUUGAUGAACACCUUCUGGCCCAGAGGCUCUAACGGAGAAGGCUGGGCCGUGGAGGUCAGCUCGCCUGGAGAGGAGGGCCGAAUGCAGGUGGGCAUCCAACUGGCAACCUCCCUCUUGUCUCAUCACAGGAUGAAGGGCAGAUGAGAAGACAGCCAGGAGGGUCCUGGGCCCUCAGCUGUGACUCCCCGAGAGGCAGCUCUGCCUUGCAAAGGUGCAGCCUCCUGAGCCUCAGAGUGUCUGACAUCUCUCUGCCUGGGGACCCCAACUGAAACGUUGUGUGGGCUUAGAAACCGUGAGCCUUGGGGAGGAGCAUCUUCCUCCGAGCCCUGGGUGUGCUGAACUGCGAAGGCUUACCACUUCCUUGCCUGUGGUUAUCUCCAGCCUGACCCACGGUGGCGCGAUCCUCUCUCAUCAUCCGUCACAGUUUUUAAUGAAGAAAAUAUGUUCCAGAAAGGCUGAGUGCCAUGCCGCAUCAGGAAAUCUGGCAUUUUUUAAAGUUUGCGCCUCACAAAGAGGAAAUAUUCCAAAGGUACUCAGGAUGUAAAAGUGGAGAUCUUCACAGAUGCCUCCGUGGAUGGCAUGGCAAUCCAUCCAUCAGCGAGAAGACCAUGAUUUCUUUUAAUUUUUUGUGUGUUUCCACAUUCCCCAGUGAGAAUUCUUCCACCUUUUUUUGUGCCAUGGGAAAAACCUGAAGGGCAGGCAGAGCUGCUCCCGAACUAGUGACCUUCUCCAAAGUUGCGGCAGCUCUUGUAGAACAUGACUCUGGGACAUCACUUCCGUUUGUUUUCUUUUGGAGCUGAACCAAAGAAUGUGCGUCCUGUUUCUCUAGUGCUGUGGUGUGUGCUUAUUUUUGUAUUUGUGCUUUCCAUCCAUCUUAUGUAAUCACAAGGCAUCCUUAAGGUUUUCUGGCACAAUUUGUGGACAUCCAGACUCCUGGGGGGACCACCACCCAUGGCUCGGUAAGCCAGCAGCCCAGGGCACUGGCACUACCAUGAGGCACUGCAUUAAUUGCUGCAUACAGCUGUUACCCGACGGUGCACACAAGCACCAGGUCAACUGCCGAGGGGGCCCCCACCACGGUCACCAGGCGUGCCCCACGUGCAAAGGAGAAAACAAAAUUCUGUUUCGUGUGGACAGUAAGCAGAUGAACUUGCUUGCUGUUCUCGAAGUGAGGACUGAAGGGAACGAGAACUGGGGUGGGUUUUUGCGCUUCAAGAAGGGGAAGCGAUGUAGCCUCGUUUUUGGACUGAUAAUAAUGACCUUGGUAAUGGCUUCUUACAUCCUUUCUGGGGCCCACCAAGAGCUUCUGAUCUCAUCACCUUUCCAUUACGGAGGCUUCCCCAGCAACCCCAGCUUGAUGGACAGCGAAAACCCAAGCGACACAAAAGAACAUCAUCAUCAAUCCUCUGUAAAUAAUAUUUCAUACGUGAAGGACUAUCCAAGCAUUAAAUUAAUUAUCAACAGCAUCACAGCUAGGAUUGAGUUCACGACCAGACAACUCCCAGACUUAGAAGACCUUAAGAAGCAGGAGUUGCAUAUGUUUUCAGUCAUCCCCAAUAAAUUCCUUCCAAACAGUAAGAGCCCCUGUUGGUACGAGGAGUUCUCGGGGCGGAACACCACAGACCCGUACCUCACCAACUCCUACGUGCUCUACUCGAAGCGCUUCCGCUCCACCUUCGACACGCUGCGCAAGGCCUUCUGGGGCCACCUGGCGCACGCGCACGGGAAGCACUUCCGCCUGCGCUGCCUGCCGCACUUCUACAUCAUAGGGCAGCCUAAGUGCGGGACCACAGACCUCUAUGACCGCCUGCGGCUGCACCCUGAGGUCAAGUUCUCGGCCAUCAAGGAGCCACACUGGUGGACCCGGAAGCGGUUUGGAAUUGUCCGCCUAAGAGAUGGGCUGCGAGACCGCUAUCCUGUGGAAGAUUAUCUGGACCUCUUUGACCUGGCCGCACACCAGAUCCAUCAAGGACUGCAGGCCAACUCUGCAAAGGAGCAGAGCAAGAUGAAUACAAUCAUUAUCGGGGAGGCCAGUGCUUCCACUAUGUGGGAUAACAAUGCCUGGACGUUCUUUUACGACAACAGCACGGACGGCGAGCCACCGUUUCUGACCCAGGACUUCAUCCACGCCUUUCAGCCGAAUGCCAAACUGAUUGUCAUGCUCAGGGACCCUGUGGAGAGGUUGUACUCAGACUAUCUCUACUUUGCAAGUUCGAAUAAAUCCGCAGACGACUUCCAUGAGAAAGUGACAGAAGCUCUGCAGCUGUUUGAAAAUUGCAUGCUUGAUUAUUCACUGCGCGCCUGCGUCUACAACAACACCCUCAACAACGCCAUGCCUGUGAGGCUCCAGGUCGGGCUCUAUGCUGUGUACCUUCUGGACUGGCUCAGUGUUUUUGACAAGCAACAGUUUCUCAUUCUUCGCCUGGAAGAUCAUGCAUCCAACGUCAAGUACACCAUGCACAAGGUCUUCCAGUUUCUGAACCUAGGGCCCUUAAGUGAGAAGCAGGAGGCUUUGAUGACCAAGAGCCCCGCCUCCAAUGCACGGCGUCCCGAGGACCGGAACCUGGGGCCCAUGUGGCCCAUCACACAGAAGAUUCUGCGGGAUUUCUACAGGCCUUUCAACGCUAGGCUGGCGCAGGUCCUCGCUGAUGAGGCGUUUGCGUGGAAGACGACGUGAGAGCUGAACUGUUGCUGCACAUGCUGGGCCCGCCAAUGCCGUCAUCACCAGGAUUUUACAAAUCUCUUUGCAGGGAACUGUUUCACUCAUGGUAUGGAAAACCCCAGGACUCCGCCACUCUAGGCACACAUGAAUUAUAACCAUUUUGGAAUUUCUUUUGUGAUGUUCAAGAGCUCAGCAAUGGACCGCUCACAGAGCUCCUCUGUUUGAGGCCAGUGGAGACCCCAUUUCUCAAGAAUUCAGCGCUGCUCCGAGCGUCCUGGAGCCUGGGGAUGCAGCCAGCUGACCCUGCACUGGGUGUGGAGAGAACACCUAGGGAAGGCAGCCCAGCGCUGCCCACCUCGGCCUUCUGGCGAGCCUCAGUCUGGGUUCUGAGUCAGCACGCCAGAGGUCAUGCCACAGGGCUGGCUGGAACUUACACUUCACGUUCCCUUUUUUCCCCCUAGAGAUGGGGUCUCGCCGUGUUGCGCAGACUGUCUAUAUUCAAUGGCUAUCUUCACAGGUGUGAUCAUAUCACAUUCACUUCUGAAACGCUUGUUGAGAUCGCUAACCUCACUGGGACAGAGAACCGCAGUCUUUCGAGAAUGGAGGCUCUUCAUUUUUUUUUCUCCUUUACUCCAAAGUCAGCCCUCUAGUUUCUUCAGAGGUAAACCCUGUUAACGUCACUGUUUCCAAAAGGAAAAAAAUCAGUCCGUUUUUGGCAGCACCUUCAUCUCUCUGACCUCCUCCUAUUCUGUCCUUGUGGACUUUACUUAUGUUUAACAUAGAAAAUGAAUACAUUUAAAACAAAACCGCUUUCUGCAUUUAACCAGUCCUGGCUCUCUCUCUGCUGCCUCUAUACAUGUCAAGAAAUUCAGUUUAUAUUUGGAAGGGAAAUUUUUGCUGUUAAUGCCAGAAUGAGCAACCUCAAGGAAUUGAACACUUCAUGGAAAAUCUAGGUAAUUCAAGCCCUCAUCAGGUUUACAAGAUCAUCAGAGAAACAGAGGAUUUUAAUUUUUAGUUCUGGCUGGCUACAGGCUCCAUUUCUCCACCUUCCCAUUGGAAAACGUUUAUUUCCACAUUCUCCACUACGUGUGAUCAAAGUUCCUCACCCAGCAAGGGACUAUAGAUACCCAUGUCCCAUUUCCGAAACACAAUGCAUAAGCUGAACUUGGGCGUGUUGAGAUUUGGGAUGAGGUUUCUAAGAGUCGUGUUCUUCAUGGAAUUUUCCAGGCUACUUGGCAGCUUGGUUUACCGAUGGAUGGGCAAGAGAUCUUGUCAUUUCUUGGCAGUCACAGGCAAGAUUGAAGAGAAGACUUGAGCAUCCUUGGCAACAGCCCAGGUGGGACCUGGAUGAAGCUUUGCACUCAAGUGUUGUCAAGGGAAGCUUCCUGUGAACCAAAGUUCUCAGGCCAAGGUCUCGUCCACCAAAGCCAGAAAGUGCAAGCACCCGCCUACCCAGCUCUAACUUGCAUGUGUGAGACAGACCGGGCUUUAGGGGUAGGAGGAUCUGCAAUCGCUCAGCCGUCCCCUCCUGGUGCUGUUAUCUUUCUGCCAUCAGAGAAGGGACACACAGCCCAUUUGAAGGUGUGCAGAGGGCUCUGAGCGCUAGGAUGGCCGAGAGCUGUUCCUGCUACUGAAGGAGCUGUGUGUCCCGAACUCUCACUUGCAGGGACAGUCCCCACCUUCUCUAUAGCCGGCACUGGGAGCAGCCGCCAGCAGGGAAAUCUGGUCUGAGCACAAGGAUGCUUUAGGGAGAGAUCACUUCAGUGUGUGUGUAUAUUUAUUUGCAGUACAGUGUGUAUGUGUGUGUGUGUGUACUCGCACGUGUGGGUGAGUGCGUCUUCUGAGUGGGUUCUGUUCAGUUCCAGUUGCUAAUGAGGCUCCUCCGCUCUGGACACAACCCUUUUAUAGAUUAAUUUCUCUGCCAAUUAACUUGUCAUUUUCAGUACGUAUUUUACUAUUCCACACCAACCAUAAUUACAACAAGGGAUUUUUCUUAUGCACUCCUAUGCAUGUGAAUAACAUGUGGUGUAAUUCUGCUUCUUACAGAAGUAUUACUGAAGGUAUUAUUUCCAAUAUUAUUUGGUUUAUUAUGCGGAUCUUUUUUAUAUAUGCAGUCCCAUCCCUUCUGUGCCAAUCAAUGCCAUCCAGACAUGGUUUUUCCCUCCAGGGGCCUUUCUCCAGAGGGCACUUCUGCUGCCUCUGCUUCCUCUCGUUCGAGGCCCGGCUCUUGCUGACAGAAUAGGUUCCGUUCUGGGCGGUGGUUCUCGAGCCUGCCAUUCAAAACCAAAGUGAAUUGGAGCAUUUCUCAUAACAUGGUAUUGAAGUUCCUUUUUGUUCUCAAAAGCUGUGCACCAGACUGUGUUAAAUUGUACUCCCUUAGUCCUGUAAGGUAUGUUCAGUGAAUCGCAGUUACGCUGUACUUUUAUUAAUAUUUAACAUAAUUAAAGAUGGACCCAUAUGAGUGACGCCUGUGAAGCGGGUGUGCUUCCUCUGCA